AUGAAGCGCCUGCCUGCCCUUGCAGGGCGUGUGCAAAGAAAGUUCAGGCCUUAUGCGAAACCACAUGGUUUCGUGCCUAAUGCAUUAGAGCUCCGCUUUUUUCGAAGGUGUCUCGAAUCUGGUGACAAUGAUAUGAGUCUGGCGGACAUCAAAGUGAAGACUAUCACUCAAGCUGUCGCUGUAAAGGAAGCUGAUUGUGAAUCCAAGCGCAUGGCAGUUCUGGGAACGGCAUGGGCGGUUGAGGCAAAGGACCAAUACCAGGCACUUCUUGAAAUGAUCGUCCAAGAAGAACUUGAAAGAUAUACCAUCAGCGCUAAAGAAGCUGCCGUUCUCCAGAGUUUCUUGGUUGGAUGUAGCUGGGAGGAUUUCGAAGUUGCCAAGGACUUCGAUGUGGGUGCACACAGUCACAAUUCCAGGUCAUUAGCUGUUGCCGACUUAACCCUGAAUCACAUUGAGGGUGUUAAGUCGUGUCUGCCAGAGGAAGAUGUUGAUUUGACAUCCGACGACUUCGAGUCUGAUGGCUGA